AUGAGCAGUGGGGGCAAAAGGGAGGAGGGGCUGGGGAGAGUGCUGAGUAUACGAGGCGUGCAGGAGGAGGACCCCCCAGACCCUCAGAUCAUGAGGCUGGACAACAUGCUGCUGGCCGAGGGUGUGUCGGGGCCAGAGAAAGGAGGGGGAUCAGCCGCCGCCGCUGCAGCUGCAGCAGCGGCUGGAGGCUCGCCGACUGACAGCAGCAUCGAGCACUCGGACUACAGAGCCAAGCUCGCACAGAUCCGCCAGAUCUACCACUCUGAACUGGAGAAAUAUGAGCAGGCAUGCAGUGAGUUCACCAACCAUGUAAUGAACCUGCUGAGGGAACAGUCCCGCACACGACCCAUCUCUCCAAAGGAAAUCGAGCGAAUGGUGGCCAUCAUCCACCGCAAGUUUAGCUCCAUCCAGAUGCAGCUCAAACAGAGCACCUGCGAAGCCGUCAUGAUCCUGCGCUCUCGCUUCCUCGACGCCAGGCGUAAGCGGCGCAACUUUAACAAACAAGCCACAGAGGUGCUGAACGAGUAUUUCUACUCUCAUCUUUCUAAUCCUUACCCCAGCGAGGAGGCUAAGGAGGAACUGGCCAAAAAGUGUGGAAUCACUGUGUCUCAGGUCUCUAAUUGGUUUGGCAACAAGAGAAUACGCUACAAGAAGAAUAUUGGUAAAUUCCAGGAGGAAGCAAACCUUUACGCAGUCAAAACAGCAGUAGAUGCUGCCAAUGUGUCGGCACAAGCCAGCCAGGCAAACUCUCCUGCAACUCCCAACUCAGGGUCUCCGGGGUCGUUCACUUUGUCCCACUCGGGGGACUCCUACCUCGGCCUGCGCUCCCUCAAUGGGGAGGGCCUCAACAUCGCCCCCUCUCUACAGCCGCAAGUGGAUACCCUGCACCCUGCUACACACCUGACGGCCGGUUAUGAGGAGCUGUCAGGAAGUGCCCUCUACACCCCUCAUCGCCUGGAUGCUAAUAGCUGGCAGGACACCACCAAUACUUCCUCAGUCACCUCCCCUCCAGGUCCUCCCAGCAGCGACCACUCCGACACCUCCAACUGA